UUUUCAUGGCCUUGGCAACCUUGGGGAUGCUCAUCCAUCGGUACCGCUUCCCCCUCCACCCAAGACCUUUCAAAGUGCCUGUGGCCAUCACAUUCAUCUUUACAGUGGUUUGCUUCUUCAUUGUGGGUAUGUCUCUGUAUUCAGACCCCUGGAACACAGGGAUAAGCUGUGCUCUCACACUGACUGGAGUCCCAGUUUAUUAUUUGACUGUCCACCACUUCCACCUGCCCCACAGAUGGCGACACAUCUUCAACUACUGCAGCUUACAGCUCCAGAUCCUUCUAGAAGUGGUUCAACAGGAAGUCCAGACAUACUGAAGACCUGCUAAAAUUUGACUCAAUUAUUUCAAGAUAAAUUGCUAAUAUUAUGCAAU